AAAAACAUUUCCAAUGCAACAACGAACAUACCCUUCUCAAGAAAAUAUCGACACCCCAUCCAAUUCCGAUUAAAUAUCCCAAAAAAAAUAAACAAAAAAAUGGUGCAAAAAAUUCUUAUGAUUUGUUUGGGCAACAUCUGCCGCUCCCCCAUUGCGGAGGUGGUGAUGGUGGACACGCUGGAGAAGGCGCACAAGCAGAAUGUUGUGGUGGACAGUGCGGCGAUUGGGUCUUGGCAUGUGGGCAAUCGCGCCGAUCCGCGUGCCAUCAGCACGCUGGCCCAGCAUGAUCUCAAGUGCACGCACAUUGUGCGUCAGAUCCAGAAAAAGGACUUUACCGAAUUCGACUUUAUAUUCGGCAUGGACGAGGACAACAUGAGCGAGCUGCGGCGGCUGGCGCCCAAGGGCUCCAAGGCGGAGCUGCUCAUGCUGGGUGACUUUGGGCUGGAGACCAAGAAUCGCAUCAUAGAGGAUCCCUAUUAUCAACGUGGUGCCGCUGGCUUUGAGACCGCCUAUCAGCAGUGUGUGGUGGCAUGUGACGCCUUCAUGAAGGAGCGUUUGGCUUAAAUGUGUUUUUGUGAUAUAUCUACUACUUAUAUACUCAUAGUGCAAGUUCAACUAAUAAAUGUUUGGUACAAAGCGGC